AUGUACAUUGCAAAUUCCAAAGACAAGUUCUGUUUCUCGUAUCCAUCUUGGAAGAUCCACUUCAGGUUCCACAUCCCAGCAGAGCUGUGUUCCUUCAAAUACCGUACUGCUCUCCCUGAGAAUACCGUCCUCACUGACAAUACUGCUCUCCCUGAGAAUACCGUCCUCACUGACAAUACUGCUCUCCCUGAGAAUACCGUCCUAACUGAGAAUACUGCUCUCCCUGAGAAUACCGUCCUCACUGACAAUACUGCUCUCCCCGAGAAUACCGUCCUCACUGACAAUAAUGCUCUCGAGAAUACUGUCCUAACUGAGAAUAUUGCCCUCCCCAAGAAUACCGUCCUCACUGACAAUAAUGCUCUCCCUGAUAAAACCGUCCUCACUGACAAUACUGCUCUCCCCGAGAAUACCGUCCUCACUGACAAUACUGCUCUCCCAGUGAAUACCGUCCUCACUGAGAAUACUGCUCUCCCCGAGAAUACCGUCCUAACUGAGAAUACUGCUCUCGCCGAGAAUACUGUCCUAACUGAGAAUAUUGCUCUCCCCGAGAAUACCGUCCUCACUGAGAAUACUGCUCUCCCCGAGAAUACCGUCCUAACUGACAAUACUCCUCUCCCUGAGAAUACUGUCGUUCCUGAGAAUAGUACUCCUCCCGAGAAUACCCUCCUUACUGAGAAUACUGCUCUCCCUGAGAAUACCGUCCUAACUGAGAAUACUGGUCUCCCAGAGAAUAGUACUCUUCCCGCGAAUACCGUCCUUACUGAGAAUACUGCUCUCCCUGAGAAUACUGUCCUCACUGAGAAUACUGCUCUCCCAGUGAAUACCGUCCUCACUGACAAUACUGCUCUCCCCGAGAAUACCGUCCUAACUGAGAAUACUGCUCUCCCCGAGAAUACCGUCCUAACUGAGAAUACUGCUCUCCCCGAGAAUACCGCCCUAACUGAGAAUACCGUCCUUACUGAGAAUACUGCUCUCCCUGAGAAUACCGUCCUAACUGAGAAUACUGCUCUCCCUGAGAAUACUGUCCUCACUGAGAAUACUGCUCUCCUUGAGAAUACGGUCCUAACUGAGAAUACUGCUCUCCCCGAGAAUACCGUGCUUACUGAGAAUACUGCUCUCCCUGAGAAUACCGUCCUAACUGAGAAUACUGCUCUCCCCGAGAAUACCGUCCUCAUUGAGAAUAUUACUCUCCCCGAGAAUAAUGUCCUCACUGAGAAUAGGACUCUCCCGAGAAUACUGUCCUCACUGAGAAUACUGCCCUCCCAGAGAACACCCUCCUCCCAGAGAAUACUGCUCUCCCCGAGAAUACUGUUGAGCUUUUAA